UUCCUGGUCAUCGCCGCCUCCACUGCAAUCCUCACAGCGUACUUACAAGCUAAACAAGGCAAAGAACGCUUUUUACACAUAUGGCAGCAUCUACAUUUUUUUGCAACUACUUUCAGCAAUUCAAGUUAUUUCCAACCCUCAAUUGCAUGGAUAUAUGAGCUCACGAUUCCCCACCAGAUCAGACAUGAUCUUUGUACCCACUUGAUUAUCACUCAGCGCCAGCGACCUUCUUGUUUCUUUUGUCGAUUCUCACUUCAAUUUUUACACGGUCUAGUUAUUAAAAUAGCAGAUCGGCAAUAUCCUUAAUGUCGAGUCCAUCUUCACGAUUCUUACACCUGCCUCAGAUACCUAUCGAGUCCUUCUGAUUUCAUCCGUAACGGUUCCUUUACUUCAAAUCACCACAAAAACCCUUGCCUUCCGGUUCGAAUCAAAGCUGGUCUCCAACUACCACCCAAUGACCACAUACAUAUCAAACCAUGGCUACCAUUUUGGACAUGGUCGACAAGCCACUGGCUAUCAAGGCUAUGCCUCAAAGCCUCCUACAAGCUUUCGAAAAGGACUAUGGGUUCCACGACCGGGAGCAGUGCGCCAGAGACCGCGUUGUUCUCGUCCGGCAUGUGUCUGUAGUCCGACAUCUGGUCGGUACGCAGAAUCGAGCCAUUGUGGAAGUACCGGGACAGAGUGCGAACGUCCACUUAUUUGAUGCUUCACACGAGGAAUUCGAAAGGAACGACCGUGUAAUUGUUUUCCUUCCUCGAGCUUUUCUCCCACGGGAUGCACACCCAAUAUUCCAGUCCCUAGGGUCAAACUUCACUGUGAAAGGCAAAAUUGGCGUCCAAGUAAAUUACGCCAACCGCAAUGGGCUUUAUAGCCACGGAAUCAUCAAGUCCGUCAGGGACUUUCCGGAGAUUGAAGGUAUACUUGAUGGGCUUAUUGAUUUUUACGGAUGUGAGUUGCAGGCAACUUCGGACCUCAACUCCCUUUUUGAUCUGGAAAAGAUGCUUGGGGUAACGAGGUGGGAAAUCAAACCAUCGCCACAAUCCAUCGGGCCUGCGCCGGGAUUUUACAAAAAGUCGGCAAUGUCGAGGUUGACGGAUUGUCCAAACCUCUUUAAAAAGCCGAAAUACAAGCGGUUUACCUACCAGGAGUCGGUGAAAAUGGACGGGUCCACGAUGGCUGUCUACUUUAUCCCAAAACACUCUCCGUUCUUCAUGACGCUGAAUCCCCUCCCUCAGCCCCAUGGGCCUCAUAUGAUGCUAUCCAACGGCAGGUUUGGCGUCUGUUCCACCAGCAACGACCUGGCAGAACGUGAGGAUUGUCUGUACUGGAAGGUUGCCCUGCGAGCAAAGCUGCCGCAAAUCAUGAACGAACAAAACGUGGACAUGGUCCUACAAGGCGAGCUCGUCGGUGACAGAAUCAACCAAAACCGCCACAACUAUGAGCCGGGUCAACAUGACUUCUUUGCUUUUGACAUUUACGACCAUCUCGACGAGGGCGACUGGCUUCCGGCCAAUGAUGUGGUGGCAUGGUGCAAGAAGUUUGGCGUGAAACAUGUCCCCAUCAAAAAGACAAUUCAUAUCACCGACAUUGCGAAAUGCCACGAAGAUAUACACCAGCGUGCAGACAAGGAAGUCCAGUCAGAUGGGAGCCAUGCAGAGGGCUUGGUGUUCAAGUGCCAGCAGGAGGCGGGACGAAGGUUCAAGGUUCACAAUCGUCACUACUUGAAGCUGCAUGGUUUGAAGUGAUAUGGGGAUCAUAUGGGGUUGGCUAUUUUGGUUUCAUUGCUCAAAAAAGCAGCAUGUCUCUCAUCUCUGCAAGACUGCAACAGAGGAUUAAGAGUAUAAGCUGGAAAUUUUGGGACGGGUCAAAUGAUACGAUACUGGUUAUCUUCAUAUUUUUUUUGAAUGGUCCUAGCAUUCUCUCCAAGAACAAGGGAAUCAGAUAGCUAGCUCUAGAGUUGUGGCGGGCUGAGGCUGGAAUUGAACAUGAAAGGCAGUUGCCAAAAUGGACGCCGACCAUGGUUGCCAGGCUGGUCAAAGAUCCGUAUUUGAGCCAAUUGACCUACUUUGCAAUUCCGUUGCUUUACCCGGAGAUUUGUAUGCGUGAAUUAGAUUUCCAAAAAUAUCCGGGG